AUUUAGAUUUAGAAAGAGUACUAUUGCAAGAGCAGCCAGUGCAGCAGCCGUUGAAGGAAGCGCAAAUCAGAAAGAGAAUGAGGAUUAUGGUGGCUAUUGAUGAGAGUGAUGGGAGCUUCUAUGCUCUCAAAUGGGCCCUCGACCAUCUUGUCGAUCGCAUCACGCCAACAAAUGUACCGAGCCAGGAAGAAUCUAGCCUGAUCACACUGGUUCAUGUUCAACUGCCCUUCCAGCACCACAUGAUCCCUGCUGGUCCAGGUGGAGCAGCAGCUUUUUAUGCAACACCUUCGAUCGUAGAAUCUGUGAGGAAAGCACAGGCAGAAAAUGAUGCGGCCUUACAGUCACGUGCUCUACAGAUGUGCAAAGAUAAGAUGAUCAAAGCAGAAAGUCUUAUUCUUGAAGGGGAGCCGAAAAACAAAAUCUGUCAAGCUACAGAACAAAUGCAGGUUGAUCUCCUUGUUCUAGGUAGCCGUGGUCUGGGCAAGAUUAAAAGAGCAAUCCUAGGAAGUGUAAGUGACUACUGCGCCCACCAUGCAAAAUGCCCCGUUCUUAUUGUCAAGCCGCCAAAGGAGAUCACUAAGGAGACCAGUAGUAAGAGCAAAGAAUGGAACGCUGAUAAAUGAUAAGCGCUGCCAUUUCAGAGAUCUCCGAGCAGCUAUGAUUGUGUGACUAUGCAUGCUUGUUGUGUUAUGCAGUGUCCUUGUAACCAAGUCAGAAAAACCUCCUUGUGCCUCCCUGAUAUUAUGUACUUUCGU